CAAAUCAGAAAUCUGUAAUUAUAUACAUGUAAUCAAGAUAUAGUAAAUUGCUUUUAAAUAAUUUUUCUAAACAAAGUUAUAAUUUCAUACAUAAUUAUGUACUAAUAUCGCUCUUAUUUAUCUGCGUGUGCUUCGACGUGCCGAAAUCAGCUGAAGGAGUUCAAACUAAAAUUUAAAAUAAUUGACAAAGAUUUUAACAAAAUUUUUAUACGAAUAAAAAAAACGGCUACUAAGUUAAAAUAACUUCUGUGCUAUUGCGACAAGUAAAUGUAAACAAAAACGAAUCAAACACGUGCUGAGAUUUGUGUUCAUUUUAUUAUUAACGACAAAUUUACUGUGGGCAGUGACGCGUUUUUUGUUGGGAAAUACGUGUGAAGGAUUCAUCCGAAAUGGUUCAGGCACUAGAUUAUGAUUGCGAAGUCCAGCAGCAGGACAUACCACAGGCGAUACAACUGCUCGGUGAGAUGAACAGCAACGUGAAACAAGUUACGGAUUUGGUUGAGGGCAUGCUGCAACGUGUUAAGCGUGGCGAACUGACCACAGAGUAUGGGCUCAGUUUUCUCGAGGUUAAGUAUCAUAUGCUGCUUGAUUAUUUGAUCAACUUAACAUAUGUGGUGUUACGCAAAUGUUCUGGAGAGACCAUUGAAGGCGAUCCAUCCAUUGAACGCUUGAUUGAGAUACGUACAGUUUUGGAGAAAAUACGACCCAUUGAUUACAAGUUACGGUACCAAAUUGAUAAGCUGGUCAAGACCGCUACAACAGGAGUAACAAGCAGCACAGAUCCUAUUCUCUACAAGCCAAAUCCUGAAAAUAUGCUUUCAAAUACUCUCGGAGAGGAAGGAGGAAUUGGCUCUGAAGGUGAAGAUUCUGAUGGUGAAUCAGACUCAGAAUCUGAUGAUUCUGCUGAUGAAGCUGGUAGUUCUGUUAAGAAACCAAAGAAAGCAGCAACAGCAGCCAAAGCUGGUAUCUAUGUGCCGCCUAAAAUCAAGCCAGUUUUUUAUGAUGGAGAUGAGAAAUCAGUGGAUAAGGAUAAAAAGCUAAUUGAACGUGCCAAAAAGCGUGCCAUAACUUCAUCCAUGUUGCAAGAUCUUAAGGAAGAAUAUUUGGAUGUACCAACUGAAAUAUCAUCUGGUUCGCGUGCACAACAAAUUCUGUCCAAAGCUAAUAAGGAGAAGCAAGAAUAUGAGGAAACCUAUUUGACACGUUUGCCAGUGACCAAAGCUGAAAAACACCGUCAGCGUAAAUUGACCACAUUGGCAACCCUUGGCGACGAAAUACUUGGAGAAAUUAGCCGGGAUGCAUCAUUACGUGGCGAUAGCUUGUCCACUGGCGGUAGUAAAAAACGUAAAUUAAAGAGCAAGGGCAAGAAACGCGGUGGCAAGAAACGCAAAUUCCAUUAGAAGACAGCGGCCUGUUUUCUACGCAUUUUAUGUACUUUUUUAGUGGUUAUUUUAAUUUUAAAGAUAAUGAAAAAUGAAGGAACGAAAGGAAUGAAAAUUAUAUUGUUCUUGUUCUCUAAAAUAUUAAACAAUUAUUUUUGUAGCAAAUAUAAAUGUUAAAACAUUUUCAAAUAAUAAUGAACUGUAUUUUUAAGCAGGCAAAAUUCAGAUAUGAGCGACACAAAAAUGUAUUAGACCUUUAUUUUUUGUAUAAAAAGCAUAUGCCAAGACAUUGGAUAUGUAAGUCAAAUAAAUUAUCAAAAAUGUUUAAUAGAUCUUGUUAUUAUUGAUCUAUAAUUUAGUAAAAAUGUGACGUAAAAUAAAUGUUAAAAAACAUUAAGAAUUCUUUGUGCCAAAGAUUGGCAAGCGUUCUAAAACUUCGGUUCAUACCUGAGUAGAUGCUAUUUUUGAUAAUUAAAAGUGAUUAAUUAAUUCAAAGCCAGAAAUUAACUUAGCGCCUUUUUCAGCUAUUAAACCCUUUAAAAGCAAACCCUAAAAAGGUACUCUGGUCAAUAACGAUAAUCAUACGCUUAGAAACUUAUUUAAGCGCUGUAUUUGACUUUUGUUUUUUGCUUGGAACCCGAGCUUUAAUGCGACUGUGAACAUCUGCAGUUAAGCAAAUUUUAAAUGCUAGGGGUUUUAAUAAUCCUCAACUUAAUUGAACUUUUUACAAUUUAAAGCUAAUAUAUAUAUUUCUUUAUUAUUUUUUCACUCGUAAUUUUAACAGAGAUUCAUAUAUUUUAAUAAUU